GUCUGAUUCGUUCUCUCUCUCUCUCCAUCUCGCCACGCUCCCUCUCCGUGUCUUCCCCAACUACGGCGACGGAGGCGGCGACCGAGCUCCAGCUUCUACCAAGCAGUUUUAAGGCAAACACAUGUCCAGGGCACGCAAUGCUCUAGUUGUCACUGGUCUGGUGAUCUUUGCUGGUUCUGGCCUAGCAUUUCCCUUCUAUUUUGUGAAAUCAAAGAACAAACCUAUUAUUGAUUCAUCGAAGCCUCUGCCACCGCAGGCUACUUUCCGGGGACCCUAUGUGAAUACUGGUUCACGCGACAUAGGGCCUGAUCAUACCGAGUACCCCAAGAAAUGAUAUCCCCUCUUGUUUUUUCUGUUCUUUUUGCCAUGGAUAGAAAACAAGUGGAAUGCUGAUUUAUUAGUCAGAUUAUUAUCGGCUUAUGGUGUUGGGCUGGAUGGAUGAUGGAAUUGCAGUACUAGAUUGGUUUCAGUUUCAGGUGAUAUAUGCAGAAUGCAUCAAUAUGUAGCCCCUCGUGGGUUGUAAGCAUUUUGAUCGUUUCUUGUGCUCUAGUGGCCAUUCCUUCCGCCGCACUAUGCCUUUUUUACGCAAUAAAAUGUUUUGAGUGUACGUCA